UUGCGGACGCGCUGACCGAGUGCAGCGGGCCGGGCUGGAGGGGCGGGCGGGCGGCUGCGAGCAUGGUCCUGGUGUUGCACCACAUCCUCAUCGCUGUUGUCCAAUUCCUCAGGCGGGGCCAGCAGGUCUUCCUCAAGCCGGACGAGCCGCCGCCGCAGCCAUGCGCCGACAGCCUGCAGGAUGCUUUGCUGAGCCUAGGCACUGUUCUCGACAUCGCUGGCCUGCGACAGGCUGCCAAGGAUGCCCUCUCAGCCGUGCUCCCCAAAGUGGAGACUGUCUACACCUACCUGCUGGACGGGGAGUCCAGGCUGGUGUGUGAGGACCCCCCUCAUGAGCUGCCACAGGAGGGAAAAGUUCGAGAAGCUGUAAUCUCUCGGAAGCGGCUGAGUUGCAAUGGGCUGGGACCUUCGGACCUACUGGGAAAGCCCUUGGCCAGGCUGGUGGCUCCACUAGCUCCUGACAUGCAAGUGCUGGUCAUACCCCUGCUGGACAAGGAGACUGGAACUGUGGCAGCCGUCAUCUUGGUGCACUGUGGCCAGCUGAGUGGCAGCGAGGAGCAGAGCCUGCAGGCGGUGGAGAAGCAUGCUCUGGUGGCCCUGCAGAGGGUGCAGGUCCUGCAGCAGCGCAGGCCUGAAGCUGUUCAGAACACCUCAGCGGAUGCCUCCGAAGAUCAGAAGGAUGAGAAGGAGUACACCGACCAUGACCGAAAGAUCCUGCAACUGUGUGGGGAACUCUAUGACUUGGAUGCCACUUCUCUGCAGCUCAAAGUCCUUCAAUAUCUGCAGCAGGAGACACAGGCCACUCACUGCUGCCUCCUGCUGGUGUCAGAGGACAAUCUGCAGCUUUCCUGCAAGGUCAUUGGAGAUAAAGUGCUGGGAGAAGAGAUCAGCUUUCCAUUGACCAUGGGACGCCUGGGCCAGGUGGUGGAAGACAAGCAGUGUAUCCAGCUGAAGGACCUAACCUCUGACGACGUGCAACAGCUGCAAACCAUGUUGGGCUGUGAGCUUCAGGCUGUGCUGUGUGUCCCUGUCAUCAGCCGUGCCACUGACCAGGUGGUGGCCUUGGCUUGCGCCUUCAACAAGCUCGGAGGAGACUUCUUCACAGAUGACGAUGAACAUGUGAUCCAACACUGCUUCCGCUACACGGGCACGGUGCUCACCAGCACCUUGGCCUUCCAGAAGGAGCAGAAGCUCAAGUGCGAGUGCCAGGCUCUUCUCCAAGUGGCAAAGAACCUCUUCACCCACCUGGAUGAUGUCUCUGUCCUGCUACAGGAGAUCAUCACGGAGGCCAGAAAUCUCAGCAACGCGGAGAUCUGCUCGGUGUUCCUGCUGGAUCAGAACGAGCUGGUGGCCAAGGUGUUCGAUGGUGGCGUUGUGGACGAUGAGAGUUAUGAGAUCCGCAUCCCGGCGGACCAAGGCAUCGCAGGCCACGUGGCGACUACGGGCCAGAUCCUGAACAUCCCAGAUGCAUACGCCCAUCCGCUCUUCUAUCGCGGCGUAGACGACAGCACUGGCUUCCGCACGCGCAACAUUCUCUGCUUCCCUAUCAAGAAUGAAAACCAGGAAGUCAUCGGUGUGGCUGAGCUAGUGAACAAGAUCAAUGGGCCAUGGUUUAGCAAGUUUGAUGAGGACCUGGCCACAGCCUUCUCCAUCUACUGUGGCAUCAGCAUCGCCCACUCUCUCCUAUACAAAAAGGUGAAUGAAGCCCAGUACCGCAGCCACCUGGCCAAUGAGAUGAUGAUGUAUCACAUGAAGGUCUCUGAUGAUGAAUACACCAAGCUUCUCCACGAUGGCAUCCAACCUGUGGCCGCCAUUGACGCCAACUUUGCCAACUUUACCUACACUCCUCGGUCUCUGCCGGAGGACGACACUUCUAUGGCCAUCCUGAGCAUGCUGCAAGACAUGAACUUCAUCAAUAACUACAAAAUCGACUGCCCGACUCUGGCCCGAUUCUGCCUGAUGGUGAAGAAAGGCUACCGGGAUCCACCCUACCACAACUGGAUGCAUGCCUUCUCUGUCUCUCACUUCUGCUACCUGCUCUACAAGAAUUUGGAGCUCUCCAACUACCUCGAGGACAUCGAGAUCUUUGCGUUGUUUAUUUCCUGCAUGUGUCACGACCUGGACCACAGAGGCACAAACAACUCCUUCCAGGUGGCCUCGAAAUCUGUGUUGGCCGCUCUCUACAGCUCAGAGGGCUCUGUCAUGGAGAGGCACCACUUUGCUCAGGCCAUCGCCAUCCUCAACACCCACGGCUGCAAUAUCUUUGACCACUUCUCUCGGAAGGACUAUCAGCGCAUGCUGGACCUGAUGAGGGACAUCAUCCUGGCCACAGACCUGGCACACCACCUCCGCAUCUUCAAGGACCUGCAGAAGAUGGCCGAAGUGGGUUAUGACCGAAACAACAAGCAGCACCACAGGCUUCUUUUAUGCCUCCUCAUGACCUCCUGUGACCUCUCUGACCAGACCAAGGGCUGGAAGACCACCAGAAAGAUUGCGGAGCUGAUCUACAAAGAGUUCUUCUCCCAAGGAGACUUGGAGAAGGCCAUGGGCAACCGGCCAAUGGAGAUGAUGGACCGGGAGAAGGCCUACAUCCCUGAGCUUCAGAUCAGCUUUAUGGAGCACAUCGCCAUGCCUAUCUACAAGCUUUUACAAGACCUGUUCCCCAAGGCCGCAGAGCUGUAUGAACGCGUGGCCUCCAACCGUGAGCACUGGACCAAGGUGUCCCACAAAUUCACCAUCCGAGGCCUCCCAAGUAACAACUCGCUGGAUUUCCUGGAUGAGGAAUAUGAGGUCCCUGAUUUGGAUGGCACCAGGGCUCCUGUCAAUGGCUGCUGCAGCCUCGAGGGCUGAGUGGUCCCCUCUAGGGACCCUCCCUGCCCGGCCCUCCUUUCACAACUCUCUACCAGUCUGUCUGAUGCAUUGGGAACCAGAGCCAUGGGUCCUGGGUUCUAGGCCAGGAUGUCCCCUGUGACCUGGCACAUGCCACCCUUCCUGGGCUUCAUCUUUCUCAUCUGCAGAAGGAAAGCAAGAUCCCCAGGGCCACACGGACUUGGCCAUUUGUUCUUCAAGAGCACCAUAGUGACCAGUGGCAGUGGACCCCCUUCUGCACCUCUGACUGUCCCGUGCCCAGUCCUGCCUAAGCCUCUCCAUCUCUAAGCAGCGUCACAGAAGGAGCCCUACUAGGUCUGUGCCCUUGUUUUCUUGGAGGAAUUCCAGGUCUCUGGAGAUGCCAAGAUCCUCACGGAAGGAGGAGAGACCGCUGAGUACGCAGAGGGCAUGAAACAGUCACCAGCUAGAAGCAGCCAUAGGGUGAAGGUACCCCGGAGGUGCCUCUGUGCUUCUGGUAGGGUUGGCACCCUCGGAGGAAGCUGACAGCUAGGGUGCUCAGUGCUCUGUGGGAGGAAGUACUCCAGCAGUGAGGACGAGGGGAAUAACGGGCAGGAAGGAUCCUCAGGCUGGGAGACAGUCCGUACACACCCAUGUCCUUCGGGCAGCAUGGCCUGAAGCAAGUUCCUUCCCCUAGCUAGGCAAGACAGGAUCAUUAGACAGCCAAUUCUCUCUUUAGAUCAAAGUCUCCAUAGUUGUGUGCAGUCCCAGAGUGGCUGCGGCAGGCUCUGCCACUCCGAGGCACCGAGAGCCUAACCUUUCUUUCCUCUGAGUGCAUCCCCUUGGUCUGAGCACCUCUCCCAUUCCGGCCACCAGAGAGGGGCCUGGCCUCUCCCCACAGGGCUUCUCUCCUCUUCAAGGCCAUAUCCACAUGCGCCCCCGGGGGCUCAGGAGACUCUCCCAGGGCUGGGCCUCUUGGGUGAGUGGCCACUAGCUUCUCUAAUGUUUUGUUCUGUAUGUGUUGUGGGUGGGGGAGGGGGCCACCUGCCUUACCUACUCUGAGUUGCCUUUAGAGAGAUGCGUUUUUCUAGGACUCUGUGCACCUGUUGUAUGUGGUCCCGUGGGCUGAGUGCUUUGUACAUGAGAAUAAAUCUAUUUCUUUCUA